AUGGGUAUUUCCGAUAAUGAUGUCCAAAAACAGCUUCGCCACAUGAUGGCAUUCAUCGAGCAGGAGGCGAAUGAGAAGGCCGAGGAGAUUGAUGCCAAAGCUGAAGAGGAGUUCAAUAUGGAAAAGGUAAUUUUUUGUUUUUUUUUGUUGUUUUUUAGGUAUUUUUUACUUUCUUGAUUUAAUUAGACAUCUCCUAAAUUUUAUUCCAAGAGGUGGGUAAAAGAACCUAGAGGAAAACCCUAUUUUUACGUCAUUUAUGGUAUAGUUUUUAAGGGCCGUCUUGUACAACAACAAAGAACCAAGAUUCUUGAGUAUUACGAGAAGAAGGAGAAGCAAGUUGAGCUCCAGAGAAAGAUUCAACGUUCAAACAUGCAAAACCAGGGUCGUCUAAAGUGCUUGAAGGCUCGUGAAGACCAUUUGAAUGCCGUUUUGGACGAAGCUAAGGCUAACUUAUCUAGGAUUUCAGCUGAUAGUGGUAGAUACCCAGCUAUUCUUAAGGGAUUGAUCAUGCAAGUAAGUAAUUAUAUUAUUAUUUUGUUUUUAGUUAUUUUAAUUUAUUUUACCGUUUCUAUAGCAAUAACUUUUGUGCUGUCUGAUGGUUAGUUGACAACCUUAUGGCAUUUUUUAAAUUUCAUAGUAUCAACUUUUAAUAAAAAAUUGUUUUUAGGGUCUUUUCCAACUGUUAGAGAAGAACAUUAGCUUGAAAUGUUCGAAAAAAGACGAAGCUCUGGUCGAAAAGUUGCUGCCUGAAUGCCUAGAUGAGUUGAAAAACGUGUGGGGAGAUCAGAGCAAGGUCACCAUUGACAAAGAGAACUACUUGCCAGAAGAUGUUGCCGGUGGUGUUGUGUUGACUGCAAAGAAUGGCAAGAUCAAGGUCUCUUCCACUUUAGAAAGCCGCUUGGAGUUGAUUGCUGGACAAGUAAGUUUAAAUUGUUUAUAUUAUCUUUACAACUUGUAACUUGUGUUAGUUGUCAUUUUACAGUUUUUUUGGAAAAUUGGUGAUAGAAAGCGUUUUAAAAACACAUUUUACUAAUGGGUACUUUUAGAUUGUGCCACAAAUCAGAACGGCCUUGUUCGGUCCCAACCCGAACCGCAAAUUCUUCGAUUAG